GGGACCUAAACUAGUCCUCUGUUUAGUGAAAUAGUUCAAAUAUUUGAAGAUCGUGAACUUUUCAAUAUGAGUAUCGAGCGUGCUCGGGCCUGCGUCAUCGGGCCCUCGCCCGUCACGAAGCGCCUCUGCGCUACCAUCGUGUUUUUCAUCGGAGUAAUCUGUGUUUUUGGAGGUUAUUUAUUUUGCCGCAUGUCGCGAAACGAUGUCAAGAGGAGCAACGAGAUCGUAUCAUUCAAUUUGACGAUCGCAGCCGAGAAUUUGUACAAAAAAGCGAAGAGAAUUUCGCCGAAAGCUGUCCUUCACAACGACCCGGAGAAGGUUACGGCUAGACUCCUGGAUAUCUUUAAUUGCUCGCAAGCGGACUGUGGAACCAUUAGUCACUAUAAUGUGGCACAGUUUAUAAAACGUUCCAUCAACUUGAAGGUUAUCAGACUGUUGAAAUCUGUGAAUAAUGCCACUAUGUAUUUGGACUCUUUGAGAUGACAGUAAAUGAUUUCUCACUAGUUGUAGGUAUGGCUGUUCAA